UGGGAGGCGGCGCGAGAGCGCGAAGUUAUUCGCACUUCGCGCUUUGCGCAGCGCGAAGCGCGAAGCUGGGAGCCCUUGGUGAGCGGGGUCAGUGGCUUGGCGGGCUGGGGGCGGCGUCGAGGGCAAAGAAGCACUGGCAGCAGCGGGAGCACGAGCAGCUCGAGCCGCGGUCCUGGAGCCUGCCGGCUAGAGCCCCAAAGAAGCCACACUUGAUCCGCCGCCCUCGCUCAGGAGCGACAGAAGGACGCACACGCACAUGAAUCCACGCUGCUUUCGAGAGUACGCAUCGCGCGAACGCUCGCAUCUUGCGGCCCCUCCCGCGGAUUCGGGGGCCAAGUUCGUGUGCGUGGUUGGGCGCGUACAGGCGCCCUGGAUCAGUAGGUCGACCCUGCCAGAUCAAGGGCAUCCUUGUGUCCUGUGUCUCGCGACCCCUGCCCCCUGCGCUCCUAUGGCGAUGUGGCCCUCGGAAGGGUACUGUGUCCUCUCGCGGGUCCUCUCCGAUCAGGUCCGACUGCACGUCCGCUGUGGGCUUCCUGCUCGCGGGCCCCACCCCGGCCCGAGCCAGCCUGCUCGCCGCGCCCAGGGCCCCCGCGGGCGGCGGGCGCCGGAGGCCCGGGGCGCAGAAGCGACAACGUGGUCGGCCGCCUGCUGGAGGGCGAGGCCCGCGGCCGGGUGGUCGGCCCCGCCCUCGGCCGACGCGGCCCGAUUCGGUGGUUCAAAGGUUCGGAGGCGGAUGGACCUCCUACCCCGACACGCCGAUCAGCGAAUUGGCCGCUUUCGGUUCGCGAGAGGGCGCCGCGUCCGUCGUUUUUGCGGGUCCAGCUCCGUCGGUUUCGGUCCUAGGCCGUUUUCGCUAAAGGGAGGUGUACUAAAGGGAUCUUUGUCCACCGCCGAAAAAUGGGGUCCUGAGGGGUGGGGUCCCAAGGACGGGAAGGGGUCCAGGGGUGAAUAUACACUGCUCGAGGCACCUCGUCCUUGGGACCCCAGUCCUCAGGGCCCCAUCUCUGAACCACCGACCAGGACCUUCCGCGCAGCAGGUGCCGCCGCGGCGCGCCCGCGGCGACCGCCGAGACCGCCGCUGCGGCCUCGACGGCGGCCGCCACUGCGGCGGCCGCUGGCCGAUGGGCAAGUUUUCCACCACCGCUGCCAGAUGCAGGAGCGCGGCGGCUGGUUGCGGCACGACCGCGGCGGCUGGUCCGUGCGCUUCUUCGGCGGUUUCGAGUGGCUGCAGCCAAUCGAGGAAGACGGCACCGCAUCGUGAGCUUCAGCGCCGCGGCAUCGACGCCUGCGCUGACUCCAGUACCGAGACCAGCAUCGAUUCCAGCAUUGAUUCCAGCAUCGACGCUUGCGCCGACACCAGACCGAGACCUGCUUCAUCGACGAUAUCGUCGAUUCCAGCAUCGACGCCUACGGUGACACCAACACCGAGACCAGUAUCGACUCCAGCAUCCACUCCAGCAUCGACGCCUGCGCUGACAGCAGCACCGAGACCAGCAGCGAUGACAACAUCAACUCCAGCAUCAACGCCAGCGUUGACACCAACACUGAGACCAGCAUCGACGAUAACGUCGAAUCCAGCAUCGACGCCGGCGGCGACACCAGCAUCGGGACCGGCAUCGACUUCAGUAUCGACGCCUGCGUUGGCACCAGCACUGAGGCCAACAUCGACGACAACGCUGCGCUGACACCAGCACCGCGCUCAACAAGCAUUGACUCCAACAUCGACGCCUGCACCGACACCAGCACCGAGACCUGCGUCAUCGACGACAGCGUCGAUUCCAGCAUCGACGCUUGCUGUGACACCAACACCGGGACCAGUAUCGACUCCAGCAUCCACUCCAGCAUCGACGUCUGCGCUGACAUUAGCACCGAGACCAGCAUCGAUGACAGCGUCGAUUCCAGCAUCGACGUUUGCGUUGACACCAACAUUGAGACCAGCAUCGACUCCAGCUUCGACGCUUGCGUUGACACCAGCAUCGACGACAGCAACGAGUCCAACAUCGACGCUAACGUUGACAUCAGCACCGAGACCAUUACCGCUUCCAGCAUCGACGCUUGCGUUGACAGCAGCACCAAGAUCGGCAUCGACGACAACGCCGAUUUUGGUAUCCACGCCUGCGCUGACACCAGCACUGAAACCGACGACAUCCGUGACUUCAAUAUCGAUGCCUUUGCUGACACCUUUGAGACUAGCAUCGACAUUAAGUCCAAUGACGCCGUCAUCAAUACUAAAGAGUGCAAGGGCAGCGUAAAGUAUGCGUAUGGGUUUGGUGCGGUCGUAAUAUUUACGCAACUGUUAUAGUGGCAACAACAAUCAAUAUGACGUACAAUUUCGAUUCAACGAAGAACGGGUGACGUAUUGCAAAUACGCAUGUUGGUUUGUGACGUAUACGUGCAUGGUUGCCGUGAAUACUAGCGGCAUGUUUUACCGAUUAUCUCUGCAGGGUCCGCAGGGGAAGCCAUCAAUUCAAGACCAUUUCCGGUUCCGGAACUUGUUCGACAAGCUACAAUUACAAGACCGACACCACUUUCAUCAAGUAUGGCACCAGGUUUGCGACGAUUCCGACCCCAGCUCCACCAACGGUACGGCUUCCCGCGGUAUUGUUGUGGUAUUCUUAUAUUCUACCGUGGCCCGCUGCUGCGUUCCAUCCAUAGUUUCACGCCCCUCCAUAUCACCCGAGCUCGCAUGCUUUUGCAGGCGAUUUCCCAAUGAGGUGGUAUCAAUGCUCCCCCUGCUCGGAUUAAUAAGCAAUGGUGUCGAUGCUCCCCGUUCACCUUUUG